AUGGACAAAGAGUCGAUCCAACGCUUGUUCUUCUUUGGUGUAGAGGAGAUAGAAGCUAUUCGUAGUCAAGUUUUACCAACCCAUCGUUCAAGUGGACGAUUUGAGUUAUUAACCUCAUUUCUGUGGAAACAUCGAGUAAAUUCACUCGAUCUAAAUCCUGAAGAAAUUGUGCGUAUGUCAUAUCUUGUGACAGCGCGUGAAAGAUUUGAAAGUUUGAAAAUACCACAUGGAUAUUACGGUAAUGCAUUUUCUUUUUCAGCAGUAGUAUCAAAAGCAGGACAUGUAGGUAUAUAUCCAUUGACGUAUGCUCUUGAGUUAGUCAAGAAAGCCAAGAAACAAGUGAAUGAGGAGUAUUUUAGAUCUUUGGCAGAUCUUAUGGUGAUUAAGGGGAGACCUAUCAUAUCAUUUUCAUGGAAUUUUGCUAUUUCCAACAUUGCUCAUGUAGGUUUUGAUAAAGUUGAUUUUGGAUGGGGAGAACCAAAAUAUGGUGGGGUUGCUAAGGCUCAUUCAUUUGUUAGCUACAUAGUGCCUUGUAAAAGUAACAAAGGGGAGAAGGGCAUUCUGGUACCAAUAAGCUUGCCUCCAAGAGCAAUAGAAAGAUUCGAAGAUUCUAUGUACAAGAUUAUAACUUCAAAGGUCGUGAAAGGUCUCAAGAAAGUAGCAAAGAUAUAG